AUGCAGUCCACAAGCUAUCUUUCCACGCCGACGGCGUCCUCACGCUUUUACAAGCUUUGCGCGCAGCUCCUACAACCCUCUUCCCGGCGACAUCAGUCGACAUAUAGACGAACAAGAUCCAAGCUCAAUAUCAAACCCGAUGCUUCCUUUCUGCCGUCAAAAACCGAACAUCACGAUCAUAUCAUCUACAACCCUCCUCCGAGCAUGCCCAAUGUGUAUCACACACCCAACAUAUUCUUGCCCAACAACGACCGAAGAAAAGUAUUUCCAGAUCCCGAAACCAGGCAAUUGCAAUCAGCGCUCAGUCAACAGCUGCCCGCAUUGAAGGGCCAAGCCGAGAAGAAAUAUCAUUUGACGGAAAAGGACGUGGAGGAGAUGAGGGAACUACGAAAGGCCGAUCCAGUGCAAUGGAGUAUAAACCGCCUGGCGAAGAAAUUCGACUGCUCUCCCAUGUUUGCGAUAUUUGUGACCGAGGGUCUUGCGAAGGAAAAAGGUGAACAGCAGAAAAUGGUGACGCAGAUUGUCAAGUCACGCUGGGGCAUCAAGAGACGAGAAGCACGCGAGGACCGACAGAUCAGAAAAGAACGGUGGUAUAGAGACGAGUAA